AAAAUGGGUUCAAAAGCUGAUCAUAAAAAGAAUAAAAAGACUGUUGAAAAGUCCAAAAAAAUCGUAAAGAGUGAAGAUGCAUUUGAACAAGCUGUCUUAGCAUUAGGAGGAACAAAGGGCGAUAUUAAGUACUUGAAAGAUAUCGAUGACGACAAUGAAGAAGAAGAUCUGCAGACAACAGCGACAAAAGAAGAGGAAGCGUUAAAAAAUGAAUUAAAGUCAUUUAUGACAAAUAUUGGGUUAUCAGCCAGUACAUAUGAGCAGGAUAUUGACACAGACGAGGAGCAAUCAGAAGAUAAGGAGGACGAAGAAGAGGAUGUGAGCAGUGAAGAAGAAGAAGACGAAGAUGAAGACGAAGAUGAAGAGGAGGAGGAGGAAAAAGAAGAAGAACCUAUGAAAAUUCAUACUCCUAAAUCAUCAAGUGGUUUGCUUAUUGAACCUACUCCCUUCUGGUAUAACGUUUCACUCCCAGCCAUCUCAAUUGAAAAUGUUCAGCGUUUAUCGACCUUGCAGACGCAAGAAAAAUUGAACUACGCCAAACAGCUUUUAAAAGACGAAAAUGCCAAAGCCGAGACACAUCCCAUGCUGACCUCAUCCAACCGCAGCUUCAUGUCUAACAUUAUUCAAUCAGGUACCUUGAACGACAAAGUGUCUGCAUUAACCUUGAUGUUUCGAGAAUCACCUCUUCACGGUAUCAAGACAUUGGACACACUCAUAUCCAUGAGUCGCAAAAAGGGUAGAAACGAAGCGGUCAUGGCCAUCACGAGUUUAAAGGACUUGUUUAUUGGAUCUGUCUUACCUGACCGUAAAUUGAUUUACUUUGCAGACCGACCUUUAGCAGCCAAGGAAGUAUCAGAUACGCACUUGCUUGUUUGGGCAUUUGAAGAUCAUUUGAAAAAGACAUUUUUGGAAUACCUUCGUAUCAUUGAAGAACUUUCCCGUGACACCCUCAUGUACGUUCGUAACAAUAUGGUGACAUGUAUCCAUGAUUUGUUAGCCAACAAGCCUGAGCAAGAGCAAAACUUGUUGAAGCUUUUGGUCAACAAACUAGGUGAUUCAGAUAAUAAAGUAGCAGCCAAGACAUCACAGUUGAUUAUUGAAUUACUUGUACAACAUCCUGGCAUGAAGAUGAUUGUGAUCAGAGAAUUAGAACAGUUGCUCUUCUUGCCUUCAACGAACGAGAAGGCACAGUAUUAUGCCAUGAUCACGAUGAAUCAGACAAUUUUGACAGCCAAGGAAAGAGAUGUGGCAAACAAAUUGACCGAAAUCUACUUUAUCUUUUUCAAGAAACUAUUAAAGAUACAAGAAAAGGAAGAUAACAGUAAGAAGGAUGAUGAAGAAGAAGUGAAAGUCGAAGAAGAAAGCGAUAGAAAGAAGAGUAAAAAGCAGAUGAAAAAAGAAAAGCAGCAAGAACAGAAAAAGUUGGAACUAGAUGACCAUAAGACCAAGAUGAUUGCAGCCGUCUUGACUGGUGUUAACAGAGCAUUUCACUUUGCUGAUAUAUCCGACAAGAUUGUUGAGGACCAUCUGGAAACCUUGUUCAAAAUAACACAUGCCAGCACAUUCAAUGCAGCCAUUCAAGCACUCUCACUCAUCUUUACCAUUUCGACAAGCAAACCCAACAUAGCCGACCGAUUCUAUCGUGUGCUGUAUGAAUCAUUAUUAGAUCCACGUAUCCAUCAAUCAUCAAAACAGAGCAUGUAUCUGAAUUUACUAUUUAAAGCAAUUCGUGCUGAUAAUGACAUGAGACGUGUUAUGGCUUUCGUGAAACGUCUUGUUCAAAUUGCAGCCCGUCAUCAACCCGCAUUUGUUUGUGGUAUUUUUUUCCUAAUCAGUCAGUUGAUGGAAUCUAAACCUGGUUUGAAAACCUUGUUGAUGCCACCUGAAGACGAUGAAGAAGAGCACUUUGAAGAUGUUGAAGAAGAUGACGCACCAAAAAAGGAAGACAAUAAACCCAACAAGGUUGAAUAUGAUGGUAGAAAAAGAGAUCCUAGAUUUAGUAAUGCCGAAAAGAGUUGUUUAUGGGAACUGCUUCCAUUCAAAUCACACUAUCACCCUUCUGUUGUAAAAUAUGUAGAAUCUUUAUUCGCAGGCGAAUUGAUUACCAACCAGCCUGAUCUACACCAAUUCACGCUGAUGCACUUUUUGGAUAGAUUUGUCUAUAAAAAUCCCAAGAAGGAGUCAGUACCCAAGGGACAGUCUAUUAUGCAACCAUUAUCUGGCAGCAGACGAGAUGGUGGUGUCUUGUUUACAAAAUCUGCCAUUAAUGAAAUACCCGUAAAUUCAGAACAGUUUAUUCGGAAGAAAGAAGAAGAAGUAGCUGCCGACGAAGUCUUCUUCCACAAAUAUUUUGCUCAAAAGGCUGCUGCACAACCAGCCAAGGCAAAGAAGGAGAAAUCUGGAGAAGAUUCUGAAGAAGAAGAAGACGAAGUAUGGCGUGCGAUGAUGGCUUCUAUACCAGGUGGAUUAGAUGAUGAAGAUGACAAUGAUGAGGAUGCAGCUUUAUACGAUGACGAUGAAGAAGACGACGAGGAAAUGAAGGCAUUAUUGGCUGAGAAUGAAGAAGAAGACGAGGACGAGGGUGAUGAAGACGAGGAGGGCAUUGAGUUUGGAUCGGAUGAAGAAGAUAUCGAACUAUUAAAUGCCUCCGACAUGGAAGAAGAACUUCAGGCUAAACGUGAGCUUAGCGAUGAAGAAGAAGAAGAGCAACCCAAAAAGAAGAAGUCAAAGAAGGAACGUCUUCCUACAUUUGCUACUUAUGAAGAUUAUGCUAAACUGAUUGAACAAGAAUAA